AUGUUGAACAGCGCACAAAUGUCUACGGGGAUGAUCAGUCAAAAUGCGUCUAUACGAAAGGCUAGAGACCCGACCCUCUCCCAGGGCCCAGCCCACAAGCUCCCGAGGCACGGGCCUGCGCUGUGCACUCCGGGAGUUGUAGUUCCUCCUGUGUUCAUGCGAGCCAGGACACAGUAUCUCUGGCGCCUCCAACGGCGCGCAGGCUCCGUGAAGCGCGGCGCACGCGGACGGCACGCGUUUCCUAGCAACGGGGGAGCGGCAACGUCACGCCGGCGGGCGCUAAGAGCAGCUGCCCGGUGUUGGGCGGCUUUGAGUACCUUUCAGCACCUGCGGUUUGGAGGGGACGCCGCUUGCAGCUCUUCGUCGGCACGUCUCCGUCCGUCCUUACCCGCCUUAACCUGCACCCGGUCGCCGAGAGCAACGUUGCUCCGCAACCCCGCGUCUGAGGCACGGCCGGAGGCUAGAGGCGGCCCGCCGGGUUCCUGUCUGGCCCUCGCCCCCAGCGCCCGCGGAGCCCGCCGCCCGCGGCCUCAGCGGGACGAUGCUGGAGUCCAUUCGCUGCGGAACGCGCGGAAGGUGCUCAGGGAAAAGGUGUGCAGGGAAGAGAGAAAACGGUCCCUUUUCCUUUUGUCACUUAUUAUCAAAAAGCUUCACUGGCCUGAGCAAGAACUUGCUAAGAAGUCUAUUCUAAAUGCAGAAGAGGUCUUGAUCAUUGGCAGCAAAGGAAGCAUUUCACAUUUAUCUCCUGGAAUACUAAAGGACAUUUUCACAACUGGAACCAGUAGUUACAAUGUCCUACUACAGAGCAAAGAGGAGAAAAAGCAUCAUUCACAAAAACAGUCUUCCUCCACCUACUCCAAAAGAUGUAGAAAACCCAGCAAAUCUAGCUCUUCACGUAGUAAAGAUCUUCGCAAGAUGAAAGCCCCAGUGCCUGUGAUGAGCAGUGAUACUUGGUACUGCCUAGAAAGGCAGCCUGCUGUUUUUGUCACUAGUUCAGUGUCAAGUCCUGUAAAGUUUACACAUGAUAUCUCUGUUACAGGAAACAGCACAGUACUGCCACCUAAACCCAAAAAUGAAAGAAAGGUCAAGUGGCGCCACUUCUCCACUCUUCCAAAGCCAAAGCCGCAGCCUCAGCUGUCUAGAAGUUUUGAAAAAGGAGAUGACUUUUCUGGAAAGAAAUUUUGUAUACUGAGUGCUAUAAAGCCCACCAACUUGGAGAAAGAAAAAGUGAGAUUCUUUAAGUCUGACUAUACCUACAAUCCUCAGUUUGAAUAUGCUAAUCCUUCUCUGCCAAGUGUGUUAGCCAAGCACAGCAACGCAACUGACCGGUUUCUUAAGCAGUCCAUCAAUAUUAUGGAACUGACUUUACAAAAGUAUGGAAGCUAUGAAAAAUUUGAACAGGCCACCGGUGGUAGCCUACUAUCUAAAACUCGAAUCUGGAGUCAUGUUAGGAAAUACAUGAUGAAAGAAGGCUGCAUGGGUGAGUUCACCUCUGAGGACCUGCUUUCCCGAGCUUCCAUGACAGUAGUAAAUGGAUGUCCAACACUGACCAUCAAUGUUUGCACUGCACGUGAGCAUUGGCUGGAAGGAAUGCUGAGGCAUGAAAUAGGCACACAUUAUUUUCGAGGUAUUAACAACCUUCAGCAGCCAUGGAACAGUUGGACUGGCCGUAAAAAACAUGACCUAAAGCCAAACAAUCCCACAGAGGAAGGACUGGCAAGUAUUCACAGUGUCCUGUUUAGAAAAGACCCCUUUUUAUGGAGGGCUGCCCUCCUCUACUACACUGUUUAUCGAGCCAGCCACAUGUCUUUUUGUGCAUUAUUCAAAGACAUUGGAAAGUUUGUCAAGGACCCCAGUACAAGAUGGGAUUAUUGUGUACGAGCCAAGAGGGGAUGGACUGAUACCUCCCAACCAGGGUGUUUCAGUAAAGACCAGGUAUACUUGGAUGGUAUCCUGCAAAUCCUCCGAUAUAGAGAGACCAUUGACUUUCAUCUGUUGACGGCCCUGGGGAAGGUCUCUUAUGAAGAUGUGGAUCGCUUAAAAGGAUUGGCAGUUACUGAAAACAUGAGGGUCCCUCACUUUCUGCAGGACCAUGCCCGAUAUAUGGAACACUUAGAGAAGAUCAUGGAAGUGAAUGAACUGACUGACAGGGAACUGAAAGAUCUUAUAUAUUAA